ACCGUGAGCAUGGUGUUCCCUGUGCUGCUCCUGCUGUCUGCGAGUUGGGCCGCGGCUGCGCGCGACUGUCGCCCAGAAGACGUGCAUUUCGAGCUGAUCACGGGUUACGUUUACAGCGCUCCCGGCGAGAUCAUAACGACCAGCCCUGGCGUGCUGCUUCUCAGGGAUUGUCUGGAACAGUGUCGCCUCAAUGACUUGUGCCGGGCCAUCAACUUCGAGACGGGACUCUGUGUACUGUUCGCCGGAAGCCACGCCGAUCAGCCAGGAGCUCUCACGAAGUCCCAGUUCCCUGUGUUCACCAUAUUCGCCCAGAAGACCUGCAUAAGGGCGCCGUGUGCCCGGCCAUGGCUAUUCGAAGUGGUGCGUGGUCAUGAACUGCGGACUUACAUACGUCACAGACGUCGCGUCGGAUCUCGUCGAGAGUGUAUGGAGCUCUGCCUCCAGGAACGUGAGUUCACGUGCAGGUCAGCGAACUUCAACCACGAGACCGGGGACUGUGCUCUGAGCGACAUGGAUAGGUUCACCGUGUCCGGACUGAACAGUCUGACGGCUGAGGAACGCGUGGACUACAUCGAGUCCAACUGCGUUAGCGACCCCCUCAAGAUGUGUGACUUCACCCAACUCAAUGGACGCAUACUGAAGACCGUGGACAGCAUCCAUCAGGACGUGGCUAGCCUGGAGCAGUGCCGCAAAUUGUGUUUACAAGCGCCAGAUUUUCGCUGCCACACUUUUGACUUUGGAGACACAGGUUCUGGCGUGUGCCGCUUAUCGCACCACGCCACACCCAGCCUGCAGCACAUCGAGGAACCUUACCUCGACCUAGAAUCAGCGACGACGUAUCAACUGACGGCAUGCUACAAUGUGACAGUUGACUGUCGAGCGUCCGACAUGGUGGCCAGAAUCAGAACUAACAAGAUCUUCAACGGUAAGGUUUAUGCCAAGAACCGUCCGAACUCCUGCGUGACCGACGUUGUCAAUGACCUGGAGUUCGAUCUGAGGCUGGGGUACCAUGACCUCAAUUGCGACGUCAGGCAGGAUGCUCUUGGUAGAUUCAGCACCGACAUUAUCAUCCAGCACCAUGACCAGAUUGUAACAAGCCAGGAUGUUGGGCUCUCUAUUAGGUGUUCUUAUAAUCUUCAGAAUCGCAGUGUAGGACAUGGUAUGGAACUCCAAGUGAGCGGUGAACCGGAUGAAAAUGAGGAGAAUGCUUAUGUUUUGUCGCCCACAGUCACCAUGCGAAUUACUGAUCGUCAGGGUCAGGACAUUCAUACUGCUCAAGUUGGUGAUGCCCUAAGUCUACGAUUUAACAUCCUUGAUGAAGACACACCAUACCAGAUAUUUGUCCGAGAACUUGUAGCUUUAGAUGGUGUUGACUCUAGUGAGAUUCUCCUCAUAGAUAGCUUAGGUUGUCCUACAGAUCCAACUAUCAUGGGACCCAUUACAACUGUAGACCAAGCAGCUCGAUCCCUUCAGGCUCCAUUUGAUGCAUUCAAAUUCCCUACUUCAGAUGUCGUGCAGUUUAAAGCUUUGGUGACUCCAUGUCUUCCAUCAUGUGAACCAGUUUUAUGUAAUGUGGAAGAUUAUUAUGGGAUAGAACGCAAGGUUGAUUCAUAUGGAAAGAGGAGACGAAGACGAAAUAUUAAUGCGACGAGUGACGAAGAUAUGCUGUUGGUUCAGAGUAUACGGAUUGCUGAUAAGUUUAAGUUUAAGAAAGAGAUGGAAGAUGAAAGGAACAGAGCAAGAUUAACUGAAAGAAGUGGGGAGCAUCCAUUCUGUAUGAACAUACUUGGGCUUGCGGCUGCUGCUACUAUUUUCCUCUGCACUCAGGUGCUUUUGGCCAUGGUGUGCCUCUGGCAACGUAAAUGGAGAAAUGACAAUACACCAUAUCAUGAUAGGCGCCACUUAUAUCACCGUGGAUACUGAACUUAUUAUAACAAGUGGUACAUUAAUUGUUUAAUAGAAUAUACAGUAGGCUCCUAAUUAACUGGGGGUAUAUUAUCCAGGGGCUCUGUUUAGAAAACUGACUGGUGUGUCCAAUGUCAAAAGAUAUUUGUUUCGAUUCUCUUUUACCAAUAAUGUUCAAGUAAAAUAUGCUUACAAAUGUAUGUGUUGUUUUACAAACCCCAAUUCAGAAGUUAGUUACAUGUUCUUUUUGCUGAUUAUCUGGGGAAAUUAAUUUUGUUAUCAACUCUGAAUAAUCAGGAGUGUACUGUAUUUUAUCAGGAUUCAAGUCGGAAGCCAAAGAACUGGUUCAGGAUAAAGACUUUGGAAGUGUUCUGAAUUUGACAUGGCAAACUGAAGAAUGCAGAGGCUGGCAAAUCAGAGGAAGAAGGACAACUUUCUCCCUUGCACCCACUUCUGGUAUUCUUGAUUCAGGAUACUUCCUACCACUUUACUUGUAGAUCAAUGGACAGAGUAGCUGACUAAGAUAAGUCUAAAGUUUCCAAAUGAUUACUGGUUACAAAAUAUAUUACAAGGAUGUCAUUAUUACAAAAUUCUGAACUCUGAAAUUAAUAGAUAUUCACUGUAAAUCUGGAUGUUUUGUUAAUUUAAUCAAAGGAGUAAAGUAAUUGUCAUUUUGAGAAUGAAUCACUUAAUUGUACUGAUCAGUUGUAACAACUAAGAAGAACCCACAUGCAUUCAAAUAGUUUUUUUUUAUUACUAGUGGAAUGGGAUUUUUUUAUUGC